CGCGCCGCGCCGCGGGGCCGUCCUUGCUUCCGGAGCUCCGCCGCCCGCGCCGCCGCCGCGGAGCCGAAGCCGGAGCCGGAGCGGGCCGGGCGCCAUCAUGCUGAGCCGGCUCGGGGCGCUGCUGCAGGAGGCCGUGGGCGCGCGGGAGCCCACGCUGGACCUCCUGGAGGCGUUCGUGGAGCACUGGAAGGGCAUCACGCACUACUACAUCGAAAGCACGGAUGAAAACACGCCGGCCAAGAAGACAGAUAUCCCCUGGCGGCUGAAGCAGAUGCUGGACAUCCUGGUGUACGAAGAGAAGCAGCAGGCGGCAGGCGAGGCCGGGCCCUGCCUCGAGUACCUGCUGCAGCACAAGAUCCUGGAGACCCUGUGCACGCUGGGCAAGGCCGAGUACCCCCCAGGCAUGCGGCAGCAGGUAUUCCAGUUCUUCAGCAAGGUGCUGGCCCAGGUUCAGCACCCGCUCCUGCAUUACCUCAACGUCCACAGGCCUGUGCAGAAACUUCUCCGGCUUGGAGGGACAGUUCCUGGAUCCCCCACAGAAAAGGAGGAGGUGCAGUUCACCACCGUCCUCUGCUCCAAGAUACAGCAGGAUCCUGCCCUGCUCACCUACAUCCUGGAAGGUAAAAAGACUGCCGCCAAGAAGAACGCAUCCAGAGAACCCAUCGCCCUGUCCAGAGAGACGGCCAGUACCGAGGACAAGGACCGCCCUCACAGCGAGGCCCCCAACGGGGGUCCCUGUGGUGCCCGGGCUUUGACCACCCGGCUGCCUGUUGAGACCCCGGAGCCCGAUGGAGGGAUUGGGGAGAGCAACCUGGUCACCUCGCUGAUUGGCUUGUGCAAGAGCAAGAAAGGCCGUGUGGCGCUGAAGGCCCAGGAGAACCUGCUGCUCCUUGUUAGCGUGGCUCCCCAGGCAGCCGCCACCUACCUGGUGCAGAGCAGCCCCUUUUGCCCUGCGAUUGUCGAGCACCUUUGCCAGCUGUACCAGUCCAUGCCCACCUUCCUGGACCCUGCAGACAUUGCCGCCUCGGAGGGCAUCAGCUGGAGAGGUUCCAGGGCAGGGGGAGAAAGGGCGCAGCUUCGUUCCGGAGCAGAGCCGGGGCAGGCCUCAGUGCCUCCCUCACUGCCCUGCAGGGUGCCCAGUGCCCCGGCCGAUGAGGCUUCCUUCCCGGGCAAGGAGGACUUGGCGGCUUUCCUGGGCUGGUUCUGUUACUGCGACCAUCUCAUCCAGGAGGCACACACGGUGGUUGCUGAUGCCUUGGCAAAGGCUGUGGCUGAGAAGUUAUUUGUGGAGAUUCUGCAGCCGCAGCUCCUACACGUAUCUGAGCAGCGCGUCCUGUCCUCCACCGCCCUGCUGACAGCCCUGCUGCGCCAGCUCUGCGCCCCCGCGCUGCUCCGCGAGGCCGUGGCCUUCCUCCUGGGCUCGGAGCUGCGGCCCGCCACCCCCGAGGACGGCCCCUGCUCUCUGUGUGCUCAGCUCAUCAGGCACUGCGACCACCUCUCCGACGAGAUCAGCAUCGCCACGCUGCGGCUGUUUGAGGAGCUGCUCCAGAAGCCUCACGAACACAUCGUCCGAAGGCUGAUCCUGUGCCACCUCGAGGGCCGCCCUUACGUGGCCCGGGGGUCCCCAGAGCCCGAGAACUACGAGGACACGCUAGACCUGGAGGAGGACCCCUACUUCACCGACGGCCUCCUUGAUGCCGGCUUUCAGCACUCUGCCAAGCCCCCGCCAUCCCCCGCCACCACCUCGGAUGGCAAGACAGCGGUGACCGAGAUCGUCAACAGCUUCCUCUGCCUGGUUCCCGAGGAGGCCAAGACCUCAGCCUUCCUGGAGGAGACUGGCUACGACACUUAUGUCCACGACGCCUAUGGACUGUUCCAGGAGUGCAGCUCCCGAGUCGCCCCCUGGGCCUGGCCCCCGGCUCUCCCACCUCUGGAUCCCCAUGAGCCCGAGCGGCCUUUCUUUGAGGGGCACUUCCUCCGAAUGCUGUUCGACCGCAUGUCCCGGAUUUUAGAACAGCCAUACAGCCUGAAUCUGCAAGUGACCUCAGUCCUGUCCCGGCUCGCCCUUUUCCCCCACCCCCUUAUCCACGAGUACCUCCUGGACCCCUACAUCAGCCUGGCCCCGGGCUGCAGGAGCCUGUUCUCCGUGCUGGUCCGGGUAAUCGGGGACUUGAUGCAGAGGAUUCAGAGGGUACCCCAGUUCCCAGGCAAACUGCUCCUGGUGCGCAAGCAGCUGAUGGGUCAUGUCCCUGGGGAGCAGCUGGACCACCAGACCCUCCUCCAAGGCGUGGUUGUCCUGGAGGAGUUCUGCAAGGAGCUGGCUGCCAUUGCCUUUGUCAAGUUCCCCCCACAGGGUCCUCACCUGCACCUCUCCCCACCCCUGGAAGGGCAUGUCUGAGCCAGGAGCAUGACGGGAGGGGAGGCUCCUGACCUCGCCUCUGCCCAGGAGCUGCCUGCUGCCUGGCACGGCCGCCACCGCUCUUCUCCCGGGGCGGGGACUUGGCCUCGUCUCCUGCAUCCAGGGGCCUCUGCCCCUGUGGCUCCCAGCUGACCUCAAGGAGCCCCUGCCUUGUUGGGUGCACCAGACUCGGCUUCCGGAAGUGGGCUUCCAAGGUACCAGAAGCCCAGAAGCAAAAGAGGUGGCCUCCCAGGCAGCAUGGUGUCCCUGGGGCCUUCUCAGUGGAGCUGAGUGAUGGCCAGGUGACCAUGGGAACCCAGACCCUACUGUGUUCUGUCCCUGUCACUUGUCUCUAUGGGACAUCUGUGGCCAAGGCCACAGGACCUGUGACUCAGUUCCAGUGGCACAAGGGGGAGUGAGCUGAAGGCCUCAAGGCUGGUCAGGACUUUAGGUCAGAAGGUUGGGGGCAGGGAGCCCUGUCUCAGUCACGCUAGGUACCAUGGAUGCUGCUAAGACUUGACUUUUUUUUCCUCCUGCCACCUUGACUUAACCCUUAUCGGGGGACACUGGAUGGCAGGGGUAGCCCCCGCCUCUUGCCUGGCCUUCCUGGAGACUGUUGCAAAAUCCCCAACCGCCUCAUGGCCAAUGGCCAAAGCCUGCUCCGCGCCCAGGCGGGGGCAGCUGCUAAUGAGAACCUUGAUGCAACUCUGCCAGGGCGGGAGAGGGCCUGGGGAGCCGGGGGCCGGGAGCCAGGCUCCAGCUCCAGCUCCAGCUGGUUUCUCCCUGGCGCCUUCUGAACCCGUCUCAGCAGGUCCACAACACCUGGGCAGAGGGGCUCGCGGCCGGGGGAGCCCAGGCCCAGCCCACAAUGUUCUCAACAGAAUGCUCUCCCAGGGGCGCCGGGGAGGCUGGGGUCCAGGGCAGCAUGCCUGCCUGGCUGCCGGCCCCCACAGCCUGGCUGGAGGGGCUGGGGUCCGGCCGCAGCCCCGGUGCUCCUCUCCCUGCGUGCCCUCUGAGGCUGGGGCUGCCACCCCACCCGGCCCGAAUCUGCCUCGACCUGCAGGAACACACAGGCGGCGCCAGGCAUUACCUCACAGCAGGACUGCAGUUGCUGGCUUUGCUCCUGGGCAAGGAGGAGCAGGCCAGAGCCCCUUUCGCUUCCUUUUCCUGCCCAUGCUGCUUCUAGAAGCCAGCCGCAGGUUGCCAAGAGGUGACAUGAAAGAGGAGGAAACUCGGUGACCUCUACCUCUCCUGCAUUCCUCCCAGCUGGGGAGGACUGAACUGCUGAGCUGAAGGACACCGGGCGUGUGCGUGCACAUGGCUGUUGGUGUGGGACAGGAGCAGAGCUCAGUGGGCAGACUGGGCCUGGGCUACCGUUAUGAAAAUGGUCAAGCAUCCAGCAGUCGCAGACACUCCCCUCCUCAGUGCACUUUGGCGUCCUCACGGUGGCCCCCCACGUCGGACACCACGGCAAUAAACGGUGUGGUUGCGUGCA